AUGUCGAAUUCUUUGUCUAGAAUUAAUUUAAAUCAAGAAGUUUUGCUUUUUCGUAAUGAAGCAUUUUACGAUUUGGUUGAAGAGCAUUGUGGUUCUACGGUUCUCGAGAUAAUCCAAGCUCAAGAUAUUUCAUCAGUUGAUUGUCUUCUUGACGUUCGCAACAUCUUUACUUUUUUAGAGCUCGAUUCCAAUGAGCUCAUUCCAUUGAAAAAGAAGGCAGGCAUUGUGCUGAAUGACGGUAGUUUUAUCAUCAAGAAAGGAAUUAUGUACAAGGUCGAUGUAUUUACUCGUUCUCUUUAUCGUCUUAAUGAACAGCAUUUAAUUGAUUCAUUUCAGCAUUUUAAUUCAAAUGGUUCUACUGGACUAAUAAUUCCUGAAAUUCUAGUUCAAAAAUUUCCAUUUCUUCUUACUCUCAUGAACUAUUCGAAUUUUAUUAUCAACAGUAAAAUUGAUUUUACAUUUUUCAAUAUUAUGAUGAAUAAUAUCAUAAAAAAUGCAACGAUGGACGAGAGGGGUUAUCGUUAUGAUAAUAUAAUUCGACAGUUUGCCUCCAGCUUAUACAUUCUUGGUGGUCGUGCUGCAUAUGAAUUUGUUCGCUUAAAUAUUCCUGCGUUUAUUCCAAGUACACAAGUUAUACAAGCAUCCAUUAUUUCAUCACAACAUUAUCUCACAGAAGGCUUAUUUGACUUUCUUCGUGUUCGUGAUUACUUUAGCUCGAAACAAUCGACAUUAGCUUUUUGUGCUGAAGAUUCAACAACGAUCGUUCUGAAAAUAACAUAUGAUAGUACAUCAAAUAUGUUCAUAGGUUUCUCUCUUCCACUUGAUCAAAAUGGAUUGCCCAUCCCCAGUUUAUAUUCAACGGAUUCUUUUAGUCAAUUAGAAAAUUGGUAUUUGAAUGAGUCGAUGGCAAAAUUACUGGUUGCUAAUUUAAUUCAACCACUUUCUUAUUCUUCUGGAAAUCUCUCACCGUACCUUCUUGCGGCAUACGGCACCGAUAAUACAUUUAAAGCAACGGAUGUUAUUUCUAGAUGGCGUUGUAUUUACCAUCGAUGUAAAGCUAAUGGAAUUCGUCUUAUUGGGUUUUCGACUGACUGUGAUAGUCGCUAUUUGAAUGCAAUGAAACUAUCUCUGGGAUUUUUUGGCGAUUUCAUAUAUGAUGGUCAUCCCGACAAUUUUAAAAUUGAUGUUCCGAGUAGUUGGAAUUGGUUUCUAAUGCGCAAUAAACAAUUAUUUAUUUGUAUGCAAGAUCCGAUGCAUAUUUGUACAAAACUGCGCAACAGGCUUCUCUCGAAAACAGCAACAUUGGUAUUGGGGGAUCAAAUUAUCAAUCUAAAACCAUUGUAUUAUGUAAUUGACAACUUUUCUAAAUUGGAUCAUGGACUUGUACAAUCUGAUGUCAAUCAGAAAGACAGACAAAACUACGGUUCAUGCGAAAAAAUUUCAAAUGACAAAGUAUUAAAAUUACUUGACAAUAUUUCAAAUUCUUUUGGGAUUAGUAUUUAUUUGCAGGUGAUCAAAAAUAUUCGAUUGGCUUAUAUAGAAAAAACGACAAAUGUAAUUGAUCGUAUAUUUCAUGCAUGGGUAGUAGUUUUCAUUUUUCGAUGUUGGUCUAUGUGGAUUAAUUCAAUGGAUCGACAAACCCUCGAUUUAUUUGUUGCGCAACAUUCUAAUUCUAACUUUACACCAACGGAAAACAAAAACAAAACAAAACGUGAUUUUUUCAUCACGUAUCAAUCACAUUUCUCGGUUGAGAUCAAUGCUCAUAGUCUCGUAUAUCUUGCAGUACUUUUCUCUGAAGGGCAAAUUUCAGCUGAAUCUCUCACCAUUUAUUUGCAAAAUUCUCAAACAUGUGAAAAUACAUUCAGGUCAGCAAGAUCGAUAUCAAGUACAUGUUCUGGAGGUGUGAAUUUUACUGUUUUUCAAUUUCUUUCGCGCAUUAAAAAAUUAUCCAUGUUACAAAGCAUUAAAAACAAUGUUGGUGAAAAUAAAUUACGUUUUCCUCAACAUCACAAACAAUCGAAAAUUUCCAGGAAUAAUGUAACUCAACAAAAUACAAUUUCUUUUUCUAAACAUGAUAUUGAAAAAAAGGUCAACGACGCAUAUCAAUAUGUAAUCAAAUUGAUGAGUCCACUUAAUCUGCAUCAAUGGCUUCGUAAUCAACAAACUUUAUCAAUUAAACAACUGAGUGCGAAUAUUUCUCAACAGUUUCAACGAUCAUGGACAAAAGAAUUAAAUGCUAAUAAGAAUGACGAUUCUGACACUGAAUCGGAUAGUGAAACAAGCGAUACUAUGGCAGAUGAUGCUUCAAGUAAUCAUGACACUGAUGAAGAUUUAGAUUUCGACAACGGUGUGGAUUCGAUAUACAAUGUGACAACAUCUGUACAUCGUGGUGUACGAUUAGUUGAUGAUGUAAAACAGGAGCAUGCUGAAAAAUAUUUUAGGGUAACACUUAACAAUCAAAUUAAAUUUCUUCAUAAACAAACUGCAUGUUGGUUAUUGGAAAAAGAUAAAAGCUCAUUGCCCGCUGAUCGAUUGUCACGUGUUCAAGAAAAUUAA